CUCCACAUCCAAAUUUGUGAAAGGAUCCUAGGACCGACGUUAUGGCUCGCUGGGUGACUCUCACCUUUGCAUUCUCCUGUCUCCUGGCUGCAGCCCACGCUGCAACGCUGGGAGUUGUCCACACUGAAGGGGGAUUUGUGGAGGGCACAAGCAAAAAAAUCGGCAUUCUAUCCCCGAGUUACAUUGACGUUUUCAAGGGAAUUCCCUUUGCUGCUCCACCAAAGGUUCUUGAAAAAGCAGGACCCCAUCCUGGCUGGUCAGGUACCCUAAAGGCCAAAGACUUCAAGGAAAGAUGUUUGCAAUCCGACUUAGCCCAGAAUGGCAUUCGUGGAGAACUGGACUGCCUGUAUUUGAACAUUUGGGUUCCCCAGUCCCGCUCAGAAGUCUCUUCAAAUCUGCCAGUUAUGGUCUGGAUCUACGGUGGAGCCUUCCUUCUUGGUGGAGCUCAAGGGGCCAACGUCUUGGGCAAUUAUCUGUACGAUGGAGAGGAAAUUGCUCUUCGUGGCAAUGUAAUUGUGGUAACCCUUAACUACCGUGUCGGACCUUUAGGUUUUCUCAGCACUGGAGAUUCUAAUAUGCCUGGUAACUACGGACUGUGGGAUCAACAUAUGGCUAUUGCUUGGGUAAAAAGAAAUAUUGCUGCCUUUGGAGGCGACUCCAGCAAUAUUACCAUAUUCGGAGAGUCAGCUGGAGGUGCCAGUGUGUCUCUACAGACUCUGACCCCUUACAAUGUUGGACUGAUCAAGCGAGCAAUCAGCCAGAGUGGAGUUGGACUUUGCCCUUGGGCAAUUCAACAAGAACCCCUAAAGAAUGCUAAAGAGCUUGGAGCUAAAGUUGGAUGUCCUGUUCAUGAUUCAGCAGCUCUUGCCAGUUGCUUGAAAACUACUGACCCCAGUGCCCUUACCGCAGCAUAUGGUCUGCAGCUGACGGGUCUAGAAUACCCUGUGGUUUAUUAUCUGGUUUUCUCCCCUGUCAUCGAUGGGGACUUCCUCCCUGAUGAUCCCAGGAAUCUGUUCUCCAAUGCUGCCGAUGUGGAUUUUCUAGCAGGAGUAAACAACAUGGAUGCCCACAUGUUUGCAGGCGUUGAUUUGCCAGUUAUAAAUGAACCACUCCAGAAAAUUUCUGCAGCGAACAUAGAGAAACUAGUGGAGGGACUGACCCUUCCUAAAGGCACAGGGGGAUUCACCAUUGCAUACGACCUUUACACCACAAACUGGGGAUCAAGUCCAAGUCAGGAGCAGAUGAAGAAGACCGUUAUUGAAAUUGAAACUGAUUACAUUUUCCUUGUACCAACACAAGAAGCAUUGGGACUUCAUUACCAGAAUGCUAGGACUGCAAAGACAUACAGUUACCUCUUCUCUCAUCCAUCCCGUAUGCCCAUAUACCCAAGCUGGGUAGGAGCUGAUCAUGCUGAUGACCUGCAAUAUGUAUUUGGAAAACCCUUCAAUAAUGAACUGGCUUACAGACCUAAGGACAGAGACGUUGCCUCUGCCAUGAUUGGUUAUUGGACAAACUUUGCAGCAACUGGAGAUCCCAACACUGGGAAAUCCAAGGUCCCUACCCCUUGGCUGCCUUACAAUACUUAUUAUGGCCAGUAUCUAGAAAUCAAUAGUUCCAUCAGCUACCAGUCUAUGAAACAGAGUCUUCGUUCACCUUAUGUCAGAUUCUGGGUCCAGACCUACCGGAACCUACCCACACUCUAAACAACUAACCAUUAAGAUGAUGUUUCAGAAGUUUCAGCAACUCUAAUGUGUGGUUUUAAUGUGGAUAUGCUAUGUUCUUUUGGAUGGAUUCUGACUUGAUAUGAGGGAUUGUUAAAAGAAUUGUUGAAUAAAACAAAUAUGUCUGUUACCUA